UGAUUUUGCCGGCGGCGUAUGAUAGAGAGCUGGAUGAGGAUGGCGAUAAAGAGUAGUGAUAUAGAAAGGUGGAGAAACUGAUGAGAUUGUGAACGGAGAUUUCAAUGUCACCGUCACUAGAACCAGCUCAAAUCUCCAUUUCUUCCUUCUAAUAAUCAUUCCUCGUUAUUACCUAUUAUAUCAUCUCUCUCUCCCCAUCCUCAUCCCAUACGGUGAGGUAACAGUUAUGGAAUCUGUAUCCGUUCUUCGUUCCAUCCAGUGCAUAGGUUCUCGUCCACAAUAUGCAGUUGAGAGGCUUCGUCUUGCUCAUUUGCCUUAUGUUGCCUGGCCUUCUAGUGGCCAAUUGUCCUCCCUCAGCCUGACUUCUGGCAAGAACUUCUUGUUAUCAUCAUUCAAGCAGGAAGGACUUCAAGCACCAUGUGCAAAGACAUCUGCUACCUCAUAUAUAGUUAAUACUGCCGAAACUUCUGACUUAAAAAACGGAUCAGCAGCAGCAGAUAGAUCACAAGGGUUGCUAGGGAAGAAUGGACAUAGAAGGGGCACAUUUCCUAAUGGUUUUGAGGCAUUAAUCCUGGAGGUUUGUGAUGGUACAGAGAUCACUGAGCUGAAACUGAAGGUUGCUGACUUUGAAAUGCAUAUGAGGCGGAAUAUUGAAGCUUCACAACCUUCUGUUUCUGUUGCCCUCCCCGUCACAACCAAACCAGUGAUUGUAUCAACUACUCCAGCACCUCCCCCUAAAUCUUCAACAGAUAAAGUCAGCCCAUUUACGAAUGUCUCAGCAGAAAAAUCAACAAAAUUAUCAGCAUUAGAUGCUUCUGGAGCUAGUGGAUAUGUUAUAGUAUCUUCUCCAAUAGUUGGAUCUUUCAGGAGAGGAAGAACUUUGAAAGGAAAGAAACAGCCUCCUGCAUGCAAAGAGGGUGAUGUAAUCAAAGAGGGACAAGUGAUUGGCUUUUUGGACCAGUUUGGCACUGAACUCCCUGUGAAGUCCGAUACAUCUGGAGAAGUCUUACGCGUCCUCUUCAAAGACGGAGGUAUGCUUCUCUUGCAGUUGAUAAAACUUUCAUUAUAGUAAAAAUUCCAUGGAACUAAGUUUUGUUUGGUUGUGAUUUUUCUUCCUUGCAACAGAAGCUGUUGGCUACGGAGAUCCCCUUGUUGCUGUUAUACCCUCGUCGCGUUAAGCCUAUGAUUUGGGCGGGGUGAUGAUUUUUUUUGUUUUGUUUUAAGUUUGCAAUAUGUUUGUGUUAUAUUCCUCCCCAUAAGAGUUGGUUCAUUUGGUGGAAAGUUUUUUGUUGAAUGAAAAGACACUAACUAAUAGUAAUAAGCGAAUAAUGAACUUUAGUUUCAAUAAAUAAUAAUUAAAAACAUUAGAAAGACAAUUUUCAUUAUUGCAU